UAUGACCUUCACCUUGCAGCAUUUCUACCUUCAGAACGAAAAACCUAAAAUGGCGGCGUCCACAAGAGGGGUUGGACGAUUAAUACCGUUAUGGAAGAGACGCAUCCCUCAGACACCAAUUCACUGGAAAGGAAAUCCUCAGCAUAGAGUCUUCCUACCUCAGUUCUGGAUGAAGCUCAUCAAACCAGAACGGAAGACGCCUCCACACCUGGCACAGUUUGAAGUGCAUCCACAGAUGAGUAUCCUGGACAUCAAGCAGUACCUGGAGAAGAUCUACAGCGUCCCUGUGCUGUGUGUCAGAACAGCAGUCAAACAAGGAGAGGACAUCAAGCACCCGGCCAAGGGCACCGUCGUGGCCCGGGAGGAGGACAGUAAGGUGGCCUAUGUUCAGCUGGGAGAUGGUCACACAUUUGACUUCCCGGACCUCUUUGUGGAUGCGAAGCCCCCGACCGAGAAAGAAGUGGAUGAGUUUAAGAAGACUAAACGAGAUCAACAAGUAGCCGAGCGGAAGUACUGGGACAGGGCCAGUUUACCCCCUUGGUUCAGAUAAUUGACUGAACCGGAUGUGUGUGUGUGUGUGUUCAUAGAUGACUGUGUAGAGAGUGCGGCAGAGACUGAAGAUUCUCAAUCUUUGCAGCAUAUUUCCUUAUAUUGUCUCCUGCAUUUAUCAUUAUUGUAAAUAAUACAUUCUAUAAACAGAA